UUCUUAGACCCGCCAGGACCCAGGAGGAGUGGCCUGCCUCCUUUGUGGGCUGUCCUUAUCUUCCCUGUCAGGGGCCAGUGGCUGAUUUCACCCAGAUGCUCAGCAGUGAGCUCGCAGGGGCCAGAGGCCAGGAAGUGAUGAGUGAUAAAGCAGAGGAGUCCGCUGUUGGGCCCAAAAGUCAAGUGAAACGUUCUGGAAAAUCCAUCACUCCACCUCCAUUUAAGAAAAGGCUGAGCAUGCCGCUGCUGUCAGUGAGAGAGGAAGGAGAGGGAUCAUCCCAGCCUGGGGACUCAGCCGUGUCCUCAGAAGAUGAUGAGCCCAAGGGCACAGCAACGUCUGUGUGGGAAGAUGUGCCAGAUCAACUGCCAAUACCAGUGAAAAUCAAUAUGGAUAUAAAACUGCAAUUGAAGAAGGAAAUUCGAUAUUUUGAAGGCAAAUAUGAAAAAAUCCUCAAAUUGCUUGAGGGAGUGCAAGGACCUCCAGAAGUACAGAAAAAAUUUGCUGUAUAUGCCAUGAAGGAAGCGGCAAGAUUUAAAAGAGAAGGCUUAAUAAGUCACCUUGAGAAGGUACUAGAGAAAAUAGAAUGCGACCAGUUUCUCAACAAAGGUGAUGGCUCCCCAAGCUUGUAAUCCCAUUAUCGCAAUCAUCAAUGAGAAAGCAGAGCCAGUUGGCUGUCCUGGAAUGCAACCAGAUGUUGUUGAUGCCUCCUAGCAUGAUUAGCUAAGAAAUUGUCUUCUUGGGGCUAAGGAAAAGCGUUGCAACUUUCAUGUUAUAAGUUUCUGUUAGUAAAAGUUGGC